AUGGCACGCAAGACGGAGGGAACCCGACAUGGAAAGGAGCCGCGACCCAGCACACAGGCUUCGGUGCGCCGACUCACCAUUUUGGCGUCUCGGAUAUACGCAACUUCUCUGAAUCACUGCAAGCUGCCAUGGCCGGCCGGGUCCUACUGCACACCAAGAGAGCUGAUUCUUUGCACACGGUGCGUCCUCACAGUCAGCGUGGACACGAAACCUCAUGAGGAGUGGUGCGCGCGAACUUCGAGCGUCAUGUACCCAGAUGGACUUUGCCAAGAUUGGAACAAGUACCGGCGCAGGUGUCAGACACGACAGGAGCUGUCAAAGAACGAGGGAAUGCGAGAUAACGGCAGAAAAGGUGUGUGGGAACCAAGCUGA